AUGGCACCAGGGCUUGCGUUCUACAUUGGAAGAUACCCAUCCACCCGACAUUUCCACUCGGGUACCCCGAGAAACAAUGCUAGCAAUAUCCCCACCUCCGUCGACCAUACCGAAAUAAGCCAUUUCAAUGCGCUGGCCUCCAGCUGGUGGGACGCCCAUGGCCCAUCUCGACUUCUCCACCUCAUGAACCCUCUCCGCCACGACUUCAUUACCCGAUGCCGGGCAUCCUCCGAAGCUCGUCCACACAAAAAACUGCGAUACCUAGAUAUAGGGUGCGGCGGCGGAAUCUUCGCCGAGAGCGCGGCGCGACAGUCGCACACCGCCAGCGUGACCGCCAUCGACCCAUCGGAGUCGGUCAUCCAGGUCGCCAAAGAUCACGCGAGGCGCGAUCCGCUGCUGAUGGAGCCGGGGCGGCUGACCUACAUAAACACGGCGAUUGAGAAGCUGCCGGUCCCUACAAGCGAGGCGGAGCAAUACGACAUCGUCACGGUCUUCGAGGUCAUCGAGCACGUGCCGUAUCCGUCGUCCUUCUUACUGAAGGUCAUGCCGCUAGUCAAACCGGGUGGAUGGAUCAUCAUGAGCACGAUCUCGCGGACGUGGAUGAGCUGGUUGACUACGAACCUCAUCGCGGAGGAUAUCGUGGGGAUCGUGCCGAAAGGCACCCACGAUUGGAAUAAAUAUAUCAAUGAUAGCGAGCUGCGGGGUUGGUUCGCCCAGCAAGAUGGAUGGUCGAAUUCGAGAACCAUGGGGGUCGUCUACGUCCCGGGGUUGGGAUGGAAGGAAGUUCCAGGAAGUGAGAGCGUGGGAAACUACUUCUUCGGCAUUCAAAAGAUAUAG